AUGACACGCAAGAACGCCACACUCGCCCGACGUCGCUCCAAACCGAGCUUGAAAGUUGCUACCGGCCAGAACGGCCAUGCCAACGGCACAAUGAACAGCAGCAUAGAAAUGCGCAAGCGCGACACUCCUUCCACCGAAUCCUCCUCCGAACGAACUGCCCGAGUGAUGGAAAGCCACGGCUUCUCCCUCGAUAAUGACCCUCCGGUCCCUCAGACCCCUCUCAUGACCACCACGAGCUUCCACAACCUCCCCGCGAGCGAUCGUCGAAAUUUCCUCUUGUUAUGCGUCCUAUACUUCCUCCAAGGUGUACCCAUGGGCCUGGCCACCGGCUCUGUGCCCUUCCUGUUGAAACCAUACCUCUCCUACGGCCAAAUCGGCGUGUUCUCGCUCGCGUCGUACCCAUAUUCUCUCAAACUAUUCUGGAGUCCCAUCGUUGACGCGGUAUGGAGUCCGCGCUUCGGGCGCCGUAAGAGCUGGAUCACUCCGGUUCAGGUGAUUGCUGGACUGGCCAUGAUUUAUAUGGGCCGACACAUUGGCAAGAUGAUGGAGCAGGCUGGCGCGAACAACGGCGCUGGAGUUUGGACCUUCACAUAUUGGUGGUUCAUGUUGGUGUUUUUCUGCGCCACUCAGGAUAUUGCGGUGGACGGAUGGGCGAUUUCCCUGAUGUCUCCGCCGAACAUUUCCUAUGCGUCGACUGCGCAGACUGUUGGCUUGACGGCUGGACAUUUCUUGUCUUACACCGUUUUCCUAGCGUUCAACUCCAAGGACUUCGCCAACCGUUACUUCCGCGCUGUUCCCUCCGAGGAGGGUCUGAUGUCUCUUGGUGGUUAUCUGACCUUUUGGGGUUGGUCUUAUCUUAUUGUCACGUUAUGUCUGGCGUUCUUCAAGAAAGAAGAGCGUACUAAGGAGCGUGACAGUAUCGCGGAUGUGUAUAAGAGCAUGUGGAGUGUCUUGAAGCUCAAGAACAUUCAGACCAUCAUCAUCAUCCACCUUAUCGCCAAGAUCGGCUUCCAGGCCAAUGACGGCGUCACUAGCCUGAAACUGCUUGACAAAGGCUUUGGCCAGGACAACAUGGCUUUGGUCGUGUUGAUCGACUUCCCAUUUGAGAUCAUGCUGGGCUACUAUGCCGGCAAGUGGUCGACCGAUUACGGUGCCAUGCGACUUUGGGGAUGGGCCUUCAUCGGCCGAUUGGCCGCCGCAGUUAUUGCUCAGUUUACUGUAAUGAUCUAUCCCAGCGGGCCCGAAUUGCCGUUCUGGUACUUGCUCACUGUGAUCUUUGAGCAUGUGUUCUCGACCUUCAUGAACACCGUCAUGUUUGUGGCCAUUUCGGCCUUCCAUGCUCGCAUUGCGGACCCGGCAAUUGGAGGAACCUACAUGACCCUUCUCGCAACUGUCUCGAACUUGGGUGGAACAUUCCCUCGCUUCUUCAUUCUCAAACUCGUCGACUUCUUCACCGAAGCGACUUGCAUCCCUCCCUCCACGGCGCCCGCCGCUGACACUCUGAAAGAUGCCCUCAUCACCACCUCUUUCUCAUGUGCGCUGGAACCAGAGAAGAACCGCUGCAUCAACGGUGGCGGCACCUGCGUGGUCGGCCGUGACGGCUACUACAUUACCAACAUGCUCUGCGUGAUCAUCGGUGUCAUCACAUUCACGAUGUUCAUCAAGCCUGCGGCCACGAAGCUUCAGGCAUUGCCUCUACGGGCUUGGCGUCUGACGCACGGCCCAACCCGCCAGUAA